ACAGAUGUUUAAAAAAACAUCUAAUAAAACCUGCUUUAACAUCUACUGCUGCAAACAUGGAUGCGUCCAGUGACAGGCUUUUCUGCUGCAGAUGGGUGCGCAACAAGGUUCCCACGGCCUGCAGGGAUGAACUCUACCACAUCCUGAGGAUGACAGGGCCUCUGCUACUCUCCAAAAUUCUCCAUUACCUGCUUCCAUUUGUUGUCACAAUGUUCUGCGGACGCCUGGGAAAUGAUGUGAUGGCUGGUUAUGGAUUAGCCUCCUCAGUCAUUAACGUCACCACUGCAGCCACGGGAUGCGGUCUGGGUCUGGCAUGCGACACGCUGGUGUCCCAGACGUUCGGGGGUAAGAACCUGCUGCGGGUGGGAGUGAUCCUGCAGAGGGGCAUCAUCAUCCUGAUGCUGUUCUGUCUGCCCUGCUGGGGGCUGCUCAUUAACGCCGAGGCCAUCCUGCUGUGCAUGGGGCAGGAACCUGAGGUGGCGAGAGUAGCCCAGCUGUAUAUAACAGCUUUUAUUCCUGCAGUACCAGCCAUGUUUCUAUAUAACCUUCAGGUGUCCUAUUUGCAGAACCAGGGAAUAAUCAUGCCCCAAAUGUACACUGCUUUGUUGGCGAACAUUGCCAACCUGGCAACAAACUUCACCUUCCUUCACUGGAUGAAUCUGGGCGUUGUUGGUUCUGCAGCGGCCAACACUCUCUCGCAGAUUUAUAUCUGUGUGUUUCUGUUUGCAUACAUUUGGUGGAAGAAGCUACAUGUGAACACAUGGGGAGGCUGGUCUGUGGAAUCACUGCAGGAGUGGGGAUCCUACAUGAAGCUGGCCAUCCCCAGCUUGUUGAUGGUUUGCUUUGAGUGGUGGGUGUAUGAGUUUGGAGGAUUCUUUGCAGGAAUGCUGAGUGAGGAUGAACUGGCAGCCCAACAUGCUGUGGUGAUGAUCGCUUUCAUCACUUACAUGUUCCCUCUUGGGAUUCAAUCUGCGGCCUGCGCGCGUGUGGGCAACGCUCUCGGUGCAGGAGACACCGCCAGAGCUCUCCUCGUUUCCAAGCUGUCACUCAGUCUGGCAGUUUCCUUUGCUCUCGUUGAAGGCGUUGUGCUUGGCUGCACUAAAACAGUCAUCGGCUACCUCUUCACGGCUGAUGAGAAUAUUGCAAGAAUUGUGUCGAACUUGAUGACUGUGUACUGCUUCCUCCAGCUCUUCGACGGCCUUGUGGUGAGUCAUUGUAUGCAGAGCAAAUCUGUUUGUUGCACUGAGCCAAGAGUCUCACAUGUGCGUCUCCUGUCCUCUCAGUGUGUGUGCACCGGCAUCUUCUUGGGCACAGGCAAACAGAGGAUACCAGCUGUGGCCAAUUUCAUUGCAUACUACUGCGUGGGGCUGACGAUGAGCGUGGUUUUGAUGUUUGUCGCAAAGCUGAGAAUUUCAGGGUUUUGGCUCGGGCUGCUCAUUUGUGUUGUCCUGCAUUCCACUUUCUACAUCAUUGUGAUCUUCAGGUUGAACUGGAAGAAAAUGACAGAGGAGGCAGUAAAACGGGCCAUGAAAAAGACUCACCUGACUCUGUUAGGAGCAGAUGACCCGUCAGACAACCGCACAGUUCACGGUCAACCACCAAGCAAUGGAAAUUUCACCGAAGGUUACACACCUGUGAAAACCCAGCAACAUGACGGGAACAGUGAGACCCGUGUUGAGCAGGAGGCCAGACGGCAGAAGAGCGGCCGCCUCUCCACCACCCAGCUGGUCAUCAGGCGAGGCAUCACCAUGGUUACGGCGCUGGCCUUUCUGGCGGUGGGAACAGCCGUCCACUUCCUGGUCCGCUUGCCGGAAAUCGGAAGCAACUCUACUCUUGACUCAGUCAAUACAACAUUUACUCCUCACACAAUUCCCUCUCUGGAAUCUUAAUUCUCAGUUAGAA